GAUGACCUCAAAGUCCACGUCACAGAGAAACAUUAAGGCCAUUCAUUAAACACACAGUUUCUCCAGGCCCAUCUCCACAGCCUAGAGGGGCCGGGCCUUGCAGCAUCACAGCGGGAGGGCUAGGCCUUUCAACACUACGCCAGUAUUCUGAGGUCUCAGGAAGCUGGCCUGCUUAAAUGUUCAAGACCCAUGAGAAGGGCAAAUAAGAAGCCAUGGCACUCCCUUUUCAAAAAGAGCUGGAGAAAUACAAGAACAUUGAUGAAGAUGAGCUGCUUGGCAAACUCUCAGAAGAGGAACUGAAACAGUUGGAAAAUGUUCUUGAUGACCUAGAUCCCAAGAGCGCACUGCUGCCAGCUGGAUUCCGACAGAAAGACCAGACCCAGAAAGCAGCCACUGGCCCGUUUGAUCGCGAGCACCUCCUCAUGUACCUGGAGAAAGAGGCCUUGGAACAGAAAGACAGGGAAGACUUUGUGCCCUUCACUGGAGAAAAGAAAGGGAGAGUCUUCAUCCCCAAAGAAAAGCCCGUAGAAACUCAUAAAGAAGAAAAAGUGACCCUUGAUCCAGAACUGGAAGAAGCUUUGGCCAGUGCCUCUGACACCGAACUCUACGAUCUUGCAGCUGUUCUUGGAGUACACAAUUUACUCAACAAUCCAAAGUUUGAUGAAGAAGUGGCCAGCACUAAAGGUGGCAAAGUACCCGUGAGAAAUGUGGUCAAAGGUGAGAAGGUCAAGCCAAUAUUUGAAGAACCACCCAAUCCUACCAAUGUGGAAGUAAGCCUGCAGCAGAUGAAAGCCAAUGAUCCCAGCCUGCAAGAAGUCAACCUCAACAAUAUUAAGAACAUUCCAAUUCCAACCCUGAAGGAAUUUGCAAAAGCUCUAGAAACCAACACUCAUGUAAAGAAGUUCAGCCUGGCUGCAACCCGCAGCAAUGACCCUGUGGCAAUUGCUUUUGCAGAUAUGCUGAAAGUAAACAAGACCCUGAAAAGCCUAAACAUUGAAUCCAAUUUUAUCACUGGGACUGGGAUCCUGGCUCUGGUGGAGGCACUAAGAGAAAAUGACACCCUGACAGAGAUCAAGAUCGACAACCAGAGACAACAGUUGGGAACAGCUGUGGAGAUGGAAAUUGCCCAGAUGCUCGAGGAGAAUUCAAGGAUCCUCAAGUUUGGAUAUCAGUUUACCAAGCAAGGCCCUCGAACAAGGGUGGCAGCCGCCAUCACAAAGAAUAAUGACCUGGUUCGUAAAAAGCGAGUCGAAGGAGACCGAAGGUAAACUUUCACAGGAGGCGGCAAAGUUUCACCAUGGUGGCCAUUGAAAAAUAAGCAAGCAAAAACUCUUCUCCUUCCCCAUCAGGACCAUUUUAUCCAAGGUUAUGCAUUUCCGUUAACCACACAGCUAAAAGUUUAAUUGUUGUGUUCUUUUUUUAGCACUACUUAUUUAUCUUGGGUUUUUAAAUAUAUACAAUCGUUUCAUUUGCACAUGGGCACCUCUGGCAACUUGCACCAGUGGACUUCAGCAGACCGUAGUGGGUAAUAGCAGUCGAAAAAUUAUUUAACCACUUCCAUAUUGGAUUCUCUGGCUCUCUUACGUGAAUUUUUUUUUAAUCAUUGAACAGAAUUUAGUAUAUAAGUGUAUUUGUAACUGUUGAUUAUGAUAGAGGCCUAUCUCUGUUUACAUGCAUAGCUUUGAGUUAGGCUAAAUACAGCAGAAGUAUUCUUCUGACCACAUAAGAAGUUAGUAUUGCCAAUCUUUCACUGGGGGAGAAAGCACAAAUUCUCUCCUAGUUCCAGAAAAAUCACUAAAUGCACAUGUCCCGCUGUUUGAAGAUCAGUGGUGUCAUCUUCAUUGAAAGCAAGGUAGCAUUAUGAUACUUUAACACAGCAUCAGCAAAUAAGUAUGAAACAGUAACCUAUGAAUAGUCUUCAAAGCAGACUUAUAGGCAGCAAAAUUAAUUACCACACCUACCUUUAUUGAUUAUUCAACAUAAAUUCGAUCUUUAACAUGACUAACAGAUAACUUUUUACAAAGCUGUUUUAAACUUUUCCGGAUGCAAUGGGAAAUUUUUAAAUUUUAAUAAGAGGGUAGCUUUUAAAACAGUACAUUCCUAAAUAAAACAAUAAUAAUUGCACCAUAGCCAGAGUUGUCUGAUACAUAUGAUUACAUCAUUUUGGCAAAUUUUAGAAGCAUUUAUUGCUUUAUCUUUAGUGUGACAAGAUCACAGAAUAAAAUGUGAAUGUUCAUUAAUUAUACA